AUGCCGCUUCUGCCGGAUCCACCAACCAACCCAUUAGUACAGCUCCACCAUCCAGGGGCUCAAUUCAGAUACAGGCCACUACACCCCAUCAUCCCAGGCAACAACCGCAACAAGAGCAACAAUACAAAAAGCAACCGCGAAACUCAUCUACAAAAAACACAACUCACCCACCACAUAAACAAUUGGAAAGAGGACAGGGCGAAAAUCCUCAAAACAACCAUCAACAAUCUUAAAGACAACAUCAACCCACCCAAGAAGAACGACACAUUGAACCAAACAAUAUCAAACAUCCUCGACAACGCAUACGAAACCAUCAAAAACACGAUCAUCAACUAUCUCAACAACGAACUAUCUAAAUAA